AUGUCGUCGUGUCCAUUAGAAACUUUGGGUGCAUAUGGUUUGGAAAAAUCGAGAAAUAUUCCAAAUACACCGUGUCAAGCAUUCGAUCAUUCUUCUUCGUCGUUACUCCAUCAUCUAAUUUACGCUCACAAUUUAUCAGAUUCUAUUGCUCAACGUCUAGUUCAAUAUGUACAAUCAAAUGUUGAAAAAACAAAACAAUUAUUUAAAAAGAAGGAAUAUCUGUUUCAUAAUUCAAUAUCAUGGUAUAAAGAAAGGUGCCCAUUUAGUCAAAAUACAAGAAAAGUGUUUGGUAUUACCGAAAAUGAUGAACGUAUACGACAUUUUCAUUGUGCAAGAAAAUCCACUCACAAAUUUGUUUUGUAUUCACAUUUAAAAAUUUAUCAUCAUUUAAAUAAGCAAACAGCAUUAAAAAUAACCGGUGCAAUGAUGUUGAAUAGAACAAAUGAUUUACAUUUUACUGAGAAUGAAAUGAUCGGUAAUAGUUUAUACAGUCAUCUGUAUGGAGGUUAUCGUCAUUUUAAAACCGUCUGUCCGUUUAUAAUAAAGAACAGUAUAAUAAAAUAUGAUAUUACACGACAACAGCAGAAAAUAUUGAAAAAUAUUCCGUGUACAAAGUUAAAACCAUGUCUACUAUAUUCACAUUUGAAUUAUUAUCACCGCUUUUCUUAUGAAAUUGCUGCAAAAAUCGUGCGUUACAUAAAGAGUGAACAAGUAAAGAAAAUAUUUUCGUUAAAUGAAGCAAUAUCCAAACGAGAAAAACGGUGUUUGAAUGAAUAUACGUGGUAUUAUCCCUAUUCUUCUAUGAGGAUACAAAUAGAAAAUAUUCAAAAAACAUGUUCUAAUGUUAAACAUAUUAGUGAUUGCUUGAACAGUAAAGUUGAACAAAAUCACCUCCAAUACUUUCAUCCAUUAUCAUCGAAUGAAAAAAUUGUUAGAAUAAUGAUCGAUGAUGGGAAAAAAGAUGCUGUUCAGAAAAACGACGAUGUUAAAAUGGAGAAAUAUGAACCGAACGAGGUGAGAUAUGAGAGUCUUGAAUCAGUAUUAGAAAAAAACAAUAAAUUUAUUUUGAAUAAUAUGCAAAAAUGUCAUUCUGUAAGUAGACAAUUGGCACGCACACUCGUGUUGCCGUCAAAAUUGAUGGAUAUUGAAUUUGCUUCAGCACCUAAAUAUAAUAAAGUGUUUGAUUAUCCUCUAGAAGCAUUAUUUUCGAAUCAUUCAACAAAUCCCUUACAUAGUUCAAUUCGAUUAUUGAAUGAAAAAUUGAAUAAAAAUGAAUUUUCAUCAACGUUAACAAGUCGUUUUGCUAAUCAUCAAUUAAUUAUAAGAAAAAAUGGUAAAUCAGAAAUAUUGAAGCCUGUACCAUCUCCAUAUUUAGUGACAAUAAAUCAAACAACGACAUCAUUAUCCACACCAUUUACAGUUUUAAAUCCAAAUCCAAAUGUUCAAAGUAAUAAUCAUCAGCAAAAUUCAACAAGUAUUAUCCAAAAAAUGUCAAUUGAAAAUCGUCAGAACAAACGACAUAAACGUCGUAAAAAUACUAAUACAAAUGGAACAGCAAUGAAUGGAUUCUUCGAAUUUCAUCAAAUACAUCAAACUCGACAAUCACCACAGUCUUUCUUAAAUGUGAUUGCUGAAACCGUAUACACUACAGGAAAUCAAUUACAACAAAUUCGACAACAAGCGCCUCCAUCGCUCUUGGAUUUAAUUCCAAUAGAGGCAAGUUCAAAAAUACAAAACAUUAACAAUCAUACCAGUGAAUAUGAACAGGAACAGCAACUAUUGUUAAAACUACAAUCUUUUUCACAACAGCGGCCACAACUCCAUCUUCUGCCAUCAAAAUCAACACAGCAGUCACAAGAAAACUGGUCACUAUCCCCAUUCUUUCAAUCAAUCAACAAAUCUAAACUACCAUCAUUAUUCGAUUUGCCUCAAAUUGGCUCUUGUGACUGUGAUUUAGCAAACAAUAUUUCUCAGUCACAACAUCAACAAUCUCAAAAUUAUUCGUUUGAAAAUACCAAUACCAGUAGUAAUAGUAAUAGUAUUCCAUCACUUUUUUAUGCGGAUAAUAAAAAAAAUUAUUUACAUGAACAGAAACGUAAUACAUGUUAUUUUGGUUGUAAUGAUGAUAAUCAUUAUCAACAACAAUCAGGUUAUAACCAUUCACGAUCAUCAUCUCGAUAUUUUCAAUCAUUAUCCCCAUUUCAAAAUGAAAAUAGUCAUCCAAGAUCGUUAUUGCCUACACUAGCAGUCGAAAAACAGCAGUUAUUUCCUUAUCAUCAUCAAAAUAAGAAUAAGCGAAAAUUUUAUGAUAGACAGUUUUAA